UCUGUGUGUUGUUUCGGUGUCGCUUUGGAAAGUUCAUUUGCUGCUACCGGCUCGCAGCUGCAGCACUUCUCAUCUUCUGCAAAAUCUGUGGCAGGAAAAACACAGUUCCUCCCGUGAUCAAACAUCCCUUUUCACACACACACACACACACACACACACACACACACACACACACACACACACACACACACACACACCUCUGGCUCUGGGGCUGUGGAGAUAGCUACACUUGACAGUUUGGUGUAAAGGAGAAGCAGUCAGGAGGGGGGAGAUGAGAUGAGACUUGAGGACAGGAAGGGAAAAAAGAGCCGGGCAGUGGGGGUGGGAGAUGGGUUGCAUAACAGCUGAUUUGGACACGAAGUUCAAGCCUGACACCAGAUCUAGGUGCAGUGGUGGCCGUCUUCAGGUGGCAGGGCCGGAGGUGGCAUUUUUAGGGGUCAUGGGGUGAAGGUGAAGGUGAACCUGCCCCCCCUUUUCACUCUAGUUUGAGUUUUUUCUCCCGUUUGGAUGCAUCUGUGUGGGUGAUACCACGGCGGGCUCUGACAGGGGUGCCUCGGCUUUACGGCGGCAGCACACCGUGUUCCCGUUUUUGGCUUCCGCCGUCCGUCCACCCACUCCCUGCUCGCUGCAUCCCACGCCGCUCCAGAAAGGCUUUGGAUUAGCGCGCCGCUCUGCAGACACUGUCCUCUGGCCGUUUGAAAACUUGAUAUCUGCUCUUGAGUUCUGUGCGGAGCUUUGUGUUUGUGCAUCCACAAAGCGGAGGCCUUCCUCUUUGGCAUGCAGACAGAAACCCCCCUCCGUGAUGUGCAGAGGUAAUAGCUGUUAGGUGACUCAGCACAUGGAACUUUUAAGACUUUUUUUCUCUCCUCCUGUUGGCUGCCCUCUUGAGAGCUUGUGUUUGUGCAUGAGAGGUGACUUCAGUGAGCCACGCAUGGCUAAAUCCCUCUCAGCACACAAAUAUGACAUCCCACUGGCAGCGGCACACACUUCCCUACAGCUACAAUAAAUAAUCAAGACAGCUCACACACCUGCAGAGUCACUUUUUUCUUGACUUUCUCAAGCCCCAGCGAGGCCGUGCAGCACCCUCAGACCUCCUCCUCCUGCUCUAACACGCCAUUAAACGUCUCACAUGGGAACAGUGAACUCCCAGAGUUCUUAUUCGGGAAUGGCUAUAAAUUAUCUAUCCCCCUCCUCUUUAGUUUGCUAGAAACUCUCCAGUUAAAUCCUGUUGGACUUCAAUUAUUAAAGCAGCCAAAGUGGCCAAAGUGUAAAAAUAACAGGCUGGUGUUUAGUGGAGACGUUUUAAACCCUGUUGUGGCUGUUCCUGAUGUUUUAUGUAACCUACAAGUGACACCUUGGAUUUAAUGAAAACCUAAGCAGGGAUUCAGUUUGCCUUCAGAAGGAUGGAAACAACAGAAUCCUCUUUCCUUUGCUGAGGUGAAAAGGGAAAUCGUCCUGUGACAGCUUUGCUCAGGUUUCUCUCCUCUCCUCUCCUCCAGCACUUGACUUUACUCUGAUUUGAGGAAGAGAGGGAGAGGGGGAGAGACAGAGCGAAGAGGGGGGUGGAGGAGUGGUGAUUGAGCGCAAAGGGGGCAGGACUUUUUCUCUCCGGGUCCUAUUAAGAGCAAACUUUGUGUUUUUGUUCUCCAAGUUCAGCUCAGUGCUCUCCAGCCUGCACACACUCCCUCUCUGCUGCGCUUUCUUCUUUCCCUUUCUCCUUCCUCAAUGGUUUUGUUUGGCUGCCUGUUGGUCACCACUCAGUGUUUUUGCAUGGGGGAUCCGGACACCGUGAGGAUGCGCUUUCUGGAGGAACCAAAAGUUGUCUCUUCGGUCGCUCCUGGCUUGUUUUAGAGGAUACAUUGAUGUUUUUCGGGUUGGAAUGAACAAUGGUGCGGCUCCUUGGUGCUCUGGCCGGGGGCAUGCUCUGGUUUCGGCUGCUGCUGCUGUGCGUCGUGGAGUUGGAGCUGGGAGCCGGCGCUUCUACUUUCCAGGGUUUCUAUCUUCCACCUGCGAGCGGGUCGCUUCUCGCACCUGCCCGGAGAACAGACGGGGUGGUGAGGACCAUUGACCGGAUUUACCACGGAGGAGGGAAGGUUGGGUACCUGGUGUACCUGGAUGGGAGCCGCUUUCAGCUGGACAUGGAGCGGGAUGAGUCGGUGCUGUCGCAUCACUUCAGCCCCCAGUAUGUGCUCGCUAUGAUGGGUCAGAGUACUGCGGCCGUGCAGCGGGAGUGCGUGUACCGCGGGACCGUCAACUCCAACUCAGAGUCUCUGGCCGUGUUCAACCUGUGCGGAGGAGGUCUGGAGGGCUUCUUCGCCGUGAACCAGUCGCGCUACUCCAUCACGCCGAUCAUCAGGGCGAAGGGACACGAGCACGACGUGCGCGCCCUGCAGGACAAGGACGCGGAGAGCGCGCUCCACGUGUUCACGCGCGAAAGUUUCAGCUUCGAGGCCAUGAGCGAGGGACGCGAGAGCUGCGGGACGCGCGACAGGCGCAGAGGACGCAGGGAUGCGGCGGGAACACGGCGGCGCAGAGGUCGAGGGAAGGCGAGACGGGAGGGAGGGGGCAGCAGAGACAGCGCAGGUGGACGGGACUGGUGGAGCCGGUUCGCCAAAGCGGCCGCUCCGGAGCCUGGAGCACGGCGAAAGAGGUCGGUCUCCCGCGCCAGGCACGUGGAGCUGCUCCUGGUGGCGGAUGACACCAUGAUCAAGAAAUACGGGAAAGACUUGAACCACUAUCUGCUCACACUGGCCUCCAUCGCGUCCAAACUGUACGGACACGCCAGCAUCGAGAACCCGAUCCGGCUGUCUGUGGUGAAGGUGGUCACGGUGGGAGAGAAGGAGAAGGGGCUGGAGGUGUCCAAGAACGCAGCAGCGACGCUCAAGAGCUUCUGCAAGUGGCAGAACCAGCAGAACCCGCUGGAUGAUGACCACCAGCAUCACCAUGACGCCGCCAUCCUCUUCACCAGGCAGGACCUCUGUGGCCACCACUCCUGCGACACCCUGGGAAUGGCAGAUGUCGGCACCAUCUGCUCUCCGGAGAGAAGCUGUGCUGUCAUCGAGGACGACGGGCUUCACGCUGCAUUUACUGUAGCGCAUGAGAUCGGUCACCUGCUCGGUUUGUCCCACGACGACUCCAAGUUCUGCGAGGAGCGUUUCGGAGUGAACAGCGACAAGCGGCUCAUGUCGUCCAUCCUCACCUCCAUCGACGCCUCCAAACCCUGGAGUCGCUGCACCUCGGCAACCAUCACCGACUUCUUCGACGACGGCAACGCCGAGUGUCUGCUAGAUUCCCCACGUCAGCCCCUUCUGGGCCCCGAGGAGCUACCAGGGCAAAGCUAUGACGCCGUCCGGCAGUGUCGCCUGGCCUUCGGACCGGAGUACACGGUCUGCCCGGGCAUGGACGUAUGUUCCCGGCUGUGGUGCGCCGUGAUUCGCCAGGGACAGAUGGUGUGCUUGACCAAGAAGCUGCCGGCGGUGGAGGGGACGCCCUGCGGAAAGGGUCGCAUCUGCCUGCAGGGAAAGUGUGUGGACAAGACCCGCAAGAAGCACUACUCGGCGUCCAACCACGGCAGCUGGAGCUCUUGGGGUUCUUGGGGUUCGUGUUCGCGAACUUGCGGAGGUGGGGUGCAGUUCGCCCAGCGUCUGUGCAACAACCCGCCACCACGGAACAACGGACGCUACUGCACGGGGAAGAGAGCCAUCUACCGGUCCUGCAACGUCACGCCAUGCCCGGCGUCGAAUAAGAGUUUCCGCCAGGAGCAGUGCGAGGUGCGCAACGGUCCUCAGACAGAUCCUAAAGGGGUGAAGACUUUUGUUGAGUGGGUGCCGAAGUACGCCGGAGUUCUACCUAAAGAUGUGUGCAAGUUGACCUGCAGGGCGAAAGGAACCGGAUACUACGUGGUGUUUUCUCAGAGGGUGGUGGACGGGACCGAGUGUCGUCCUUACAGCAGCUCAGUGUGCGUGAAAGGCAGGUGUGUCCGGACGGGCUGCGAUGGCAUCAUCGGCUCCAAGCUCCAGUUUGACAAGUGUGGGAUAUGUGGAGGAGACAGCACGGGAUGUAUACGAGUAGUGGGAAACUUCACCAAGAAGAGUAAGGGCUACACUGACGUAGUGAAGAUCCCCGCGGGCUCUACUCACAUCAAGGUCCGGCAGCACAAGGCCAAAGACCAGACCCGCUACACCGCCUACCUGGCCAUCCGACGGCCCAACAGCGAGUACCUCCUCAACGGCAAGUUCAUGAUCUCCACCUCCGAGACAAUCAUCCCCCUCAACGGCUCUGUGCUCAACUACAGCGGCUGGAGCCAAAGGGACGAGUGGCUUCACAGCAUGGGCCCCGGGGCUCUGCUGGAACCGUUAGUGAUCCAGAUUCUAGCUACGGACGCCAAAAAGCCGCUGGACGUUCGCUAUAGCUUUUUCAUGCCCCGAUGGACGGCACCGCAGCAGCCGGCGCCUCCGCUCAUCCCAAAGUCGACGCCUUCACAGAGCACUACAACAGCGUCAACCACAACGAGAACCACCACCACCAGUAGCACCACUACAACUUCCUCUGCUCCUCCCGUUCUGGUCCCAGGGCCACCUACAGCUCCAGGUCAUUCAACACCAACCCCAGGGCCACAGUGGGUAACGGGGCCCUGGAUGAUCUGCUCCAGGACUUGUGACACUGGUUGGCAGAGUCGGACAGUGCAGUGCAAGGACCAGGAUGGGAAACUGUCUAAAGGCUGCGUACUGGGCGCCCGACCCUCUGCCUUCAAACACUGUCUGGUGAAGAAAUGUUGAGGCGGCCGGAGAGGGAGUGAAUUUUAAAACAAUUUGUAGGAACAAGUUGUAAUCUGCACAUCUCAUAAAGGUCUCAAGUGCUGGAUGGAUGUAAGACUAUGAACUAUUAAGACGUAGAAGCUUGAACAGGACUGUGAAUGUUCGUGGAGAGCGCCAGGACCAGACACGAAGAGACUCAAAGACAAGUUGGCAUGGAUGUACCCGACUAUAUGCCAGAGGAAGGACCUGGAGUCAUAGUAGCUAUGCAGAGCAUGACAAGAACGGAGGACUGUUUCCACACCAUAGUGACGAGUAUCGCCUUGGCAUAGCUAGAGACUUAAAGUUGCAUGUCAUUUCCACACGGACAAUAAGUGAUUGUCUUUACUUCAGUCUCCAAACCGUGGAGGCUUAGUGUGUGUUGCCCUGUAACGGCAUGCGUGUUGUGUCUUUGUAUGCUUCCUUGUGUUCUAAUCACUGUGGGAAUUUGAAAGUCACACCUCUUUUGUCAUGAGUGUGUCCAAGACAAGAGCCCCAACCACGGGAAGCAAUCGUUCUUCAUCUUUCCAUCAUUUCUGGCCGUAUGGUAACCCCAAUCCACCACCGUCAUGCCAUCCUAGGUGAUCAUCUCCUGAUGUUUUAGUCAUUAAGUAGACCAUAAACAACUGUUGGAAACAUAAUAGCUGAGAAAAGGCAACUCUGACCAAGGAAGACCUCUACUGAUAGAUUCUAAUAAAUGGCGAUCUUCUUCAUUGGCAGUUUGAUCCCUCUACUGUCCUCAUGUUGAGGCGUCCAAAAAGACCUUGAAUUUGCUCCUGACGUGGGCGUCGCACCUUGCACGGCACCAUUGUCACCAUUGGUGUUCAAUAAGGUGGAUGAGAAACAGAAUGUAAAGCUACUUUGGAACUGCUAAGCUAAUAAAAGUGCUAUAGGAGUGCAGACCAUUUACCAGUUGCUGUUGAGAAAUGUGGUUGAAAUGUUCAAGUUACAGAGGAUGUAAAUACGUACGAUGGCUCUGGAUUAGGGUUACCAAUAUGUCCCAACUAUAAACAGGCGUCAUGUUGAGAACAUCCCCCCCCAAAAAAGCCUAUCGAAAUGAUUGUUCAGGCUGCAUUGGAGGAUUCUUUGACGGCAAAAAACGAAUGGGGAAACCCUGACAUUUUUUUUACUGGAUUAUAUCUGAACAGCAGUUAUUUUGUACAAAGUAAAGAAGCUAAUCAAUCAUAUGCAGUAAGUGUCUUGAUCCUCUGAAACAGGUCAGAAACUUUAUCCCUUCUACUGAAUCUGAUAAUCACCUGUACAGUGUAGAAAACAGCAGCAUUGCAUCGUGGGAAAGAAACCGACAAAGCUGCGAAGUAACCAUGACACUCCUUAACAGUUAUGGAGGUAAAUGAUGACUCACAGGUUUGGGGCAAUGCUUGAUUUUUAUGUCUGUGUAGUGUGUAAGUGUGUCUUCAUGUACCCAGGCCUGUGUUUUACGCACAUACACUAUGUACGGUGAACAUGAGUUUUAUUGUUUUGUUUGUUCUCUACUGCAUCUUGAAGCUUCUCACUCUCAGUUCCACUUAUAUCAAUCAUUAUGCUGGUGCUGGGAGGACUGUUUUUUUGUGUGUUGGUUAAUAUCUGUUUGUCUGUUUAUCUGUUUAGGAAAUUAUGCUAAUUUGACAAUGUGUGCCCUGGAUACUCGCAACGACAGCAAGAGAUAUACUAAUGCAGUCAUCACAGUCCUUUUGCAAUUCAUCUCUUUCUGCGGUCUUUUCAUCCAUGUUCUUUCGCUCGUUUGACAUUCUGUAUUUUUUGGGGGGAGGGGGUAAUGAUGGGUGGAGUUGGCCACAGUACAAAACUUCUGAGUUUGCCACGAAAAAGUUGGGGCAUGGCGAUCACGUUACACCUGGUGGAGGAUAUUUAAAGGUCAGGAAGCCCAAGACAAAUUGUAGGUUUUUGCAGCUAGAGCCUGAGCAAGAGCUUAGUGGAAUUUAAUUUGUUCACACGUUUACAGAAAAAAAGAUGCUCAAAACAACAUUGAAACAUUCCAACAACAACUCCAUAAAGAUUGCUUUAGUUAUUUUGACAAUUUACAGACCUCACUGGUCUUCAUGAAGUGUUUUUAUUAUAAUUUUUAUGCCUUUAUUUUGUAGUGGCAGCAGAGAGAGACAUAAAAUGUGGGAAAUGAACCUUGAACCAGAGACUCACUGUUCAGCACAUUUGAACCCCUCUCUUAGGACCUUAAACCCCUCAGCUGUCGGGUCGCCCCACUGUCAGCGACUUUAUUAGAAUGAUUUUCUACUGUUGCAACAGUCUGAAUGACAGCUAGGGAACACUUGUUGGAAGUGUUGUUGCUGUUUAAUUAAAGAAAAGGCUGGAAAUUUUAGGAAAAGCACAACAGUUUGAAGAGACAAUCAGCGCUGCCAAGAUACAGUUCAGUAAGAUUAGCAUUUAGCUAGCUUGGCUCUGUCUAAAAACUGUAAAAUGGAAAGUGAAGCAUACACAAUGUCAUGUUUAUUUGCUAUUUUUAGUCAAAAAUUUACCCCAAUUUUCUGCUGUUUCUCAUCUUAAUGCUAAGCUAACAAGUAGUCAAACUUCUCAACUAACUCUACGCUGUGAUUUAGGUUGGAUCUAUUGAAUAAUAACAAUAAUAAUAUAUCCCUGUUGAAAGUCAAAUGGUAUAAAUGCACCCCAGUUUGCCCAUGUUUCUCGUCUAAAUGCUAAGCUAAGCUAACAGACUGCUGGCUCCAUGUAUGAGUGGGGUAUCAAACCAUUCAGCGAAGUCUUGGCAGGACAGCAAAUGAGUGCAUUUCUAGAAAUAUUCCAUGUAACUUCUAUGAACUAAGUCUUCCACCCAUCCUCAUAAUGUAGUAUAACUGUUUCUGUCCAUACAAUGUAAUAUUAAGCUUGAAUACAGUUAGAGAAGAUUAGCGUAAGGCUAGUUCAUCUCCAUCCAAAGAUUGAAAACCUUGUUUAUUUACUUAUCACAACAAUCAAAAGGUAAAAAAUUGCCCUUAGUUUGCAAUUGAUUCCUGUAUUAAUGUUAAGCUAAGCUAACUGGCUGCUAGCUGCAGAGUGUAUUUGAGUGUGGUGUCAAUCUUCUCAGCUAACUCUCAGCAAAUCCGCUAAAAUGUAGGUGAAGCUGAGAAAAUAUGAACAUUUGGGUGAACUAAACCUUUAAAAAUCCUUCCAGAUUCAAUGCAUAAAAAGCUGCAUUAAGAAUGUCAGUUAAUAUGCUUCAACAUGAGGAUCUUUUUGUGGAAUACAGUGUAAAGUUAAUUACAUAACCUCUGGACCGUUGGAAUACUUUCCUGUAUUUGUGUUAAAAUAUCUGGCACCCAUUAUGUUCCUGUGGCAAACCUCACCCAUCUGGCACCCUCACAGGAGAAAACAAAGCAUGAGAAACAUUUUCAGACCCCAAGUCCUCUCUCCUCCCCUCACACGUCCAGAUUUAUUUACACAAUGUAGACAUGUUUGUACGACGAAUAGAUCUUUCAUAUAUGUGUUAGUAUUCAAGCAUAUUUAAACAGAAAAUGUACACGUAACGAUCCAUCAUCUACACUUUUUUUGAGUAUUUCCGACACACACACACAAACACACAACCUACUCUGACACUUCCACUGGGGAGACCGACGACAGAAAACACAGCACUGAACUUGUAAUUUAUUUGUUUGUACAACUGCUAUGUGUGAAUAAAAAAAACAAUGAGAUGAGUUUUAUUUAUUAUAGUAAUUUUGUAUCAAAUUACUAUUUAACUUAGGAACAUGACUGUGCAGAAUCAUUCCUUUGUAAGAAUAUAGUGUUUUCUUUUUAGUCAUCCACAUGAAUAUAUGUAUAUAAAAUCUAUAUAUUUAAACA